AUGUCGGCUUUGUUAUCGUGUAACUGAGGUGGACAUAAAGAGGAUCGACGAAUACAAAAUCUAAUUUAUCGUAAAUCAAAACUUGAAAGUGUUAGUGAAACAUCUGCAUUACUUAGUGGAUUUGCUAUUGUAGCCAUUGUCGAAUUAUCAUUAGAUUCUUAUAAAGAAAAUAAAUCUAGUGAAACUCUUAUCAUUUUUUAUGCUAUUAUAUCAUGUCUCUUAGUAAGUAGUCAUUUACUUGCUUUACUUAUGUCAAUGUGUAUAUUACCUGAAUUAAAAAGUGUCAUACGGUAUAGUGAUGUUUGGAUUAAUAAUGAAAAUAGUAAACCAUUAUCAUCAUUAAAUAAAUAUAUUGAAAUAGCAUGGCUUAUUUCUACUGGUUUUGGUUUAUUUUUAUUUAUACUUGAACUUGGUUUAAUUUUUUGGAUUAAAGUGAGCGGAUUUUCUCAAACAGCAGCUGUUGCUGCUCUUAUUACAUUAUGUAUUAUUGGUUGUCCAUUUGUUUUAUUUGCUGUUGGUUUUUAUUUUCGUGUAGCUAGAGCAAAAGUUUAUUUACAUCAAACUGAUUUAGAAAUAAUAGAACGUAGUGCUAUUGCUCGUGGUUUAGUUAGCAAUACUCCGACUAUUCCACAAACAACAUCAAGAGUACAUAUAGAAGAUUCUUGA